UGAGAAUUCAGUUUACCUUGAAACGCUUCCAGUGUUUGUGUUACGAAAUUCACGGAGAUUUCGUGCGUUGAAAUCACCACGAGCUUUGUAUUUUUUUCUCUCAAAGUGGUCGAUUUCGGGUUUGACUAGUUUCGGGGUGAUUCGAGUGGUUUUUCCACAGUUGGAGAGGAUUUAUUGUUGCAUCAUGGAAGUGAAAUAAGAAUCCAACAAUGCCAUCUCGUCACGUCUUGUCCCCGGCCCACCGACUUCCUGCCCGAUCCGGCAACGCCGCUCGCCUCGCCUCGCGAUGACCGUAUUCCGCCACCUGUCGGCGGGAUGACGGACUGGGAGGAGAUGUGGGCGCGAGCGCUCUCCAAACCGCCGACGUGCAGAUCGCUGCAAGAUCUGCAAGUGAUCUACUACGGCCUCAGCGGCCUGGAGGCGCUGCAGUCGCUCAGGGACGCCAGUUUGCGAGCGUUGUGCAAGGUGGUGCGCUACGAGAAGCAUCUGGCCAACGAUGUGCUCUAUUACACUGGAGAACUCUCGACAUGUUGGUACGUCCUACUAUCAGGAUCUGUUUUCAUCGAUGGAUCCAUGUUUUUACCAAGAUCCAGUUUUGGAAAACGGACUGGUGGUAGCGCUCGACGACAGAAUGAAUGUUUUGUCUUGGAACCAUCGGAGAUGAUUGUGAUUGACUAUCCAGAUAUAGAUCAAAGCAGGAGAGUUCAAAACUCGCCAGUGAUGGAUCAUCCUCAACAUAGAAGUAUCAACAUCAUGUUUGAAGACGCUUACGCGCCGAACGGGCCGCGACAGGCCGGCCUGUACCAGCACAAGUGCAGCCGCGGCUCCCAUUCGUCGGACACCAGUUCGGCGUACAGCGGCAGCGACACGAUGGCUUCGACGCACUCGGAGCUCGACGGCGACAGCGAGCUGGACCUGACCGGCCUGGUCGAGAGUCUCGUCGACAGCGACGAGGAGGACGAUCUGGCGGAGAGCAUGGACAGUCUGACGGUUAGAGACAGAGUGAGAGACUGCCUAGAAAAGGAGCCUGCAGAACGCACCGAGGACGACAUAGAAGCCCUCCUAGAAUUCACGCAACACCUGAAGGCAUUCACCAACAUGACGUUAGCCGUAAGAAGGGCCUUAUGCGCCGUGAUGGUAUUCGCCGUGGUAGAAAAGGCCGGCACGGUAGUGAUGAACGACGGCGAAGAACUGGACUCCUGGUCCGUGUUAGUCAACGGAUCGGUGGAGAUCGUGAUACCAGACGAGCCCAGCCAAACCUUGUACAUGGGCGACGCGUUCGGCAUCCUGCCCACCAUGGACAAACUGUAUCACAAGGGCGUCAUGAUCACCAAGUGCGAGGACUGUCAGUUCGUCUGCAUCACGCAGUCCGACUACUACAAGAUCCUGCACCAGGGCGAAGAGAACACCCGGAGGCACGAAGAGGACGGCAAGCUGGUGAUGGUGACCGAGCUGAGAGGCUCCGUCGAGCCGAGUAGCCACCGCCGCGGUCACGUGGUCAUCCGGGCUUCGGCCGAGCGGCUGAUGCAGCAGCUGAUCGAGGAGAACUCGCUGACCGACCCCACCUACGUGGAGGACUUCCUGCUGACGCACAGGGUGUUCAUCCAGAGCCCGCUUUCCGUGUGCGACCAGCUGUUGGAAUGGUUCAAGGACACCGAGGUGCGUGAUCGGGUCACCAGAGUGGUGUUGCUCUGGGUGAACAACCACUUCACCGACUUCGAGACCGAUCACGACAUGAUCGAGUUCUUGGAGACGUUCGAGCAGGGCUUGGAGGAUGAGAAGAUGGUGGGGCAGCUGAGGCUGCUCAAUAUUGCGUGCGCUGCUAAGGCUAGGAUUAGGAACGUGGUGCUGGCGAGGCCCAAUAGGGACGAGCCUCUCAGCUUCCAGAUACUGGGCGGAUUCGAGCGGAACUUCGGCAUCUUCAUCUCCAAGGUGGACAAGAAGUCCAAGGCCGAGGACGUGGGCCUGAAGCGGGGCGACCAGAUUAUGGAGGUGAACAACCACAGUUUCGAGCACAUGUCGAGCGCCAGAGCGCUGGAGAUCCUCAGAGGCACCACCCAUCUCAGCAUCACCGUCAAGUCCAAUCUGUUGCACUUCAAGGAGAUGCUCAACACGCCGGACAACUCGCCUAGGCCGAGGAGUCGGAAGGUGUCGGAGAUGGCCAAGAAUGAUCCGAGACCGAGGCUUUCCAGCAUCGAUGGCAACUUGAUUUUGAGCCAUGAUACGCCUGCGUCGCAACCGGUCAGCAUCCACAGUCCGGCUAAGGAGGGGAAGAAGUCGAGUUUCAUGACGCUGGGGAAGCUGCAGAAGGCUUUGAUGAAGAUGAAUUUCUUGCCGAAGAAUAUUAUAAAUGUUGGUAUGGGUCAGGACCAAGUUGACAGCUUCAACCCUCCUUCCAAUCUGGGUACAAACCUGUACCAGUCACAAAGCAACCCAGAUUUGAUGUCAAUUUACUAUGACGACCUUCGCUGUGCUGAUUAUCCUGAACAUGUUUUGAAAGUAUACAGACCCGAUCAAAGCUAUAAGUACCUACUAGUUCAUAAGGAGACGACCGCUCACGAAGUGGUGAUGCUCGCCCUGCAGGAAUUCGGGAUGACGGACCCGAGCAGCAACUUCAGCCUUUGCGAGGUCUCCGUCACCGAUAACCAGACCAUCAAGCAGAAACGUCUGCAAGACGAUCUGCAGAACCUGGCCGAACGGAUCGGCCUCAGCAGUCGCUAUUACCUGAAAACCAACGGAAUAACCGAAACCUUAGUACCUGACGAAAUGGCGCCCGAGCUGGUCCGAGAGAGCGCCGUUCACUUCCUGCAACUCAACGCCGUCGAAGUGGCCAUCCAGCUCACUCUGCAGGACUUCAGCAUCUUCAGGCAGAUCGAGCCGACCGAGUACAUCGACGACCUCUUUGAGCUAAAAUCGAAGUACGGCAAGCCGAUGUUGGAUAGGUUCGCGGCGUUGGUGAACAAAGAGACGUUCUGGGUGGUAUCCGAGGUGUGCUCGGAGCACAAUCCGGUGAGGAGGAUGAAGAUCAUCAAGCAGUUCGUCAAGGUGGCAAGACAAUGUAAAGAAUGCAAAAACUUCAACUCGAUGUUCGCCAUAGUCAGCGGUUUGGGACACGGGGCCGUUUCGAGGUUAAGACAAAGUUGGGAUAAAUUACCGGGAAAGUAUCAGCGCGUUUUCUCGGAAUUGCAACAGCUCAUGGAUCCUUCAAGAAACAUGAGCAAGUAUCGUCAACUAGUCAGCGCUGAACAGACACAACCUCCAAUCAUUCCUUUUUACCCGGUGGUGAAGAAAGACUUGACGUUCAUCCAUUUGGGCAACGAUUCCAAAGUGGAAGGCCUAAUAAAUUUCGAAAAAUUGCGGAUGAUAGCGAAAGAGGUGCGAUCGCUGAGCAACAUGUGCAGCAGUCCGUACGAUCUGCUCACCAUGCUCAAGUUAGGUGGACAGCCUCCCAGCAAUGCCAUGGUGGCUCUCAAUCAGCUCACCACUGCUUCUUCUCAAUAUCAUUGUCAAGGGCAAGCGACGGUAAAACGCCGAAAAAAAUCCACGGCCGCUCCCAAUCCGAAAAAGAUGUUCGAGGAAUCGCAGAUGGUGCGCCGCGUCAAGGCCUACUUGAACAACCUGCGCGUCGAGGUGGACGAGUCCAAGUUGCACGAGAUGUCGCUGGAGUGCGAGGGGCCCGCCCAGGCGACGGGGGGCGGCGGGGCGGGGCCCGGGGCAGCCAAGCCGAAGCGCCACCCCUCGCCGGCGCCAUCGACGACGAGCAGCACGAGCAGCGCGAGCGACGAGAGGAAACCGACGGCGAAGUUCGGUUCCGCGUCACCGCAAGCCGUACGGAAAUUAUUAGCAUUAUCGGAACCGAAUAAAACUAGGCCGCAUCAACCGCGUGUGCCCCCUGUACACGGAAUCGGUACGCAACCCAGUCCGGCCGUUAGGAGGGCACCUAGCGCCACAGGCAGUUACUCAAGUUACGGAUCUCACAGCUCAGGCAGCUCUGGCGCUGGUGGUAGAGCGAUGCACGAAAGGUCUCAUUCAGAUACUCCGACACCUCUGCCUUCUGUUGCUCUUUCGGCGGAAAGCAGUAGUGUCACGUCACUCAGUAACUUGCCAUUGAGAAAGACCGUUACUUCAGGUUCGGUCACCUCUUCAGACUCGGGUCACAGCACCCUCAGUCAGGUGACCAACAGCUCGAAUGACAGUCACGCGUACCAGUCGAGGUGUCAGAGUCCGCCGAAGCAUCCGCCUCCUAUACCAGGCUGGUUUCCCAACCGUACUGGUGCUAUGCCCCCUUGCCCCCAUGCUGUGGCCGUUUUACCCCCCUUACCCCAUGCUUUGCGUAAUGUCAAUGGUCCUGGUAGAAGACAACCGCCUGCAUACAAGGUAGCAGCACAGAUGGCGAGAAUGCAUAGGUUAGGUAGAGCACAUUCACACGAAGGCGUGACGCAAGGUUAUCAUUAUCACACCGAUCCGGAUACAGAUCAGGAUGAUGAAGAGACCCAAGUCUCGGCAGUGUGAAUAUUUUUCUAGCACUAACCAGUGAUUUUAAAUAUUGGCAAAAUAUAAGUAUUUAUUAAUGUUCCGCAUAUCAUCCUAACUAAUACUCAUGAUUCUGUCUAUUGUAUGUUUUAUGUGUAAGUAUAGGAUUGUGCAAGAGUUCUAAAGGUACUGAGGCAAAAGUACUAUAGCAUUCAAACAUAUAUUAUGACUAGACAAUUUCAAGACAUAGUAUUUUUGCCUCUGUGUACUGUACCUGACUAUCAUUUAGUUUUUUAUGACAAAAUAUCCAUUUUCUAUUUCUAUUACUACAACGUUUUAUUUAUGAUAGAAAAAAUAUUUCAUACAAUGUAAAUAUAGUUGAUUUCAUGAUUUUUUUAACUUCUUACCUCUUCUAUUAGAUCAAAAAAAUUUGUUUUAAUUUACGCUAUAAGAGAACCUUGAACUAUAGACAGGUAGUGAGUUUGUGAGAAGAAACACCUUUUUGAUUCCUUUUGAUUCAUGAUUGAGAGAGAGAACAUAAUAAGGAAAUAUACUUAUACUUUAUUUUCAUUAGUGAAGGAGAACUGAUUGGCUACUUACAAGGUUCAUGAGAAUUCAAACAAACUACCUCUCUAUAUAUUAGGGGCUCUAUUCAUUUGGUAUUUAUUUUCACAACUACAAUACAUUCCAUUGUUUUGUAGAUAAUCUCAAACUGAAUAUUUAUAUAAAUAUAUCUCGUAAUCUAUUCAGAUUUUAAUAUAAAUGGACGGUUUUUAUGUAAUGUGUGAAUCUAGGAAUUCUUACUCCUAUAUAUGGGAUUCAUAAGUAGACUGAAAAGUUGUAUAAAUGCUUAUUGUGAUUUAUUGAUGUCUAUCAUAUGGUCAUGUCUGAAGACUUUAACGUCUGAAACAGGAUCGGUUGAGAGUUGCUUAAUCUUGGUUGCAAUUUUUUUAGGUUUUGUGAUUGAACUAGUCGCUCAAUUUUGAAAAUCUUCGAUUGUAGUUUUUCAUGUACAAAUUAUUUUUGUAAUAAUUUGACUUAUAUGAUGGAGGAAAUACCACAAUCGAUGGAUUGUUCGAAUUUAUUUUGAUAUUACAAAUAUUAUUAGUUACAAGUGUAAUAUAUAAUUUGUAGUUUUAUUUCUGUAUAUUAGUGUACAAUCAGAUUUAUUUCAUUCAUAUUAAAUGGCUACAGAAAGUCUUGUCAUUUUAUCAUAAAUGUGGUACUUUCAAAUUUAAAAUAUACCUUCAAU